AUGAGCCAGAGGGGACUGACAUGGUCUGGCAUUGUGAAUUUCACGGGCUCAAAGGAGUUCUUCAUUGACUUGUUGAGCUCCGCUGCCACCAAGCGGGACGCAAAAGCCUACAUCACUCGACUCCAAACUACUCCAUUGGAACGCAAGGACAACGGCUCCCACACCAAAACCUCCUUCAACCCCGAGAGUCAGAUCGCACGCCCAGAGGUUAACCUUGGUACCUUUUUCGGGCAUGCAACGGCCGUGGGACAAAGUCCCAAGUUCAGCCAGUACCAAAAAUCCGAAAGUGCUGCAGCAACAAACCAGGAACAGGCACAUCAUCUAGCGCUGGUGAAUAUUGUUGAUGUCCCGAACCUCGAUGAUUCGGUGCUGCAGGGGAUCGGCCUGACCUUGUCCCAACUGUGUCGCCUGAGUAUCACCCCAUGUGUCGUUCUUGACUUUAGCUCAUCGAGCAAUGAAGCCGUACAACCAUCAUGGCGGCAACAAAUGGUGCAUCAAGCCGAACGGCUGGAAAAAGCUAUUUACAAGACCUCUGCUGCAUCGGCGCGGAUAUUGGACCACGUUUAUAGUCUGUCAGAUGCUACCAGUCCGCCAGGGAUCUUCUCCAGAAGACUGCUUAUGGCGCCAAUCAGAAGCAGGCUCAUCCCUAUCAUCUUGCCUCUGGCUUUCUCCUGCCAGACACAAACGAUGACUCCCAUCAGUGCACAUCAAGCAACUCUGGCUUUGACCCGCGAAUUUGCUGGGCUGAAUGUUCAGCCAAUGCAAGAUGAAGACCUAACAAGCAUGACACAGCGACUGGAGGCACUCCAAAAACAAACAUCAUUGGACAGGUUCAUCAUUCUCGACCCCCAGGGUGGCAUUCCUCAUCCAGCACUGCAUGGAUCAAUUCAUGUCUUCCUAAACAUGGAGCAGGAAUACGACGAUGUGCGAAAGGAAUUGCUAGCUCAUGCAAAGGCUAUAGAACCGUCUUCUGGCCGACCUACUUCUUUACAGGACGAAACCAUUUCUCCCUCCAUAAGCGAUCUGCACCCCAUGUCUCUUGAGACCAACCGAGACAAAGUUGCACAGGAUGACUUCGUCGCAACUCCGGGUCCUUCACGGCCGGAUAAUACUAAAUCUGCGCGGUCCGAAUACACGCGUCACUUAGAGAAUCUCGAACUCCUAAGGGCCGUUUUGGCUUACUUACCGUCAACAUCAUCAGCAAUAGUGACAACGCCGCUCGAAGCAGCGAAAUCGAGCAAAAGCAGCCGCCAGGAACCCUCUAUUUCUGCUGUGGGCACACGAACGCAAAGGAACCCUCUAAUUCACAAUCUUCUCACCGACAAACCAGCAUUUUCAGCUUCCCUACCGAUGGGUCGACUGGGCCGAUCCAACAAUUCUGAGAAGAUACCCUCAAAUUUGGCAACAUCGACCUUUGUAAAAAGAGGCAUGCCACUAACGAUGAUCCCCGACCCCCGGAUGACUCCGUGGACGCCCGAUAACCAGGGCGAGCGGAAACUAAGGCUGACAGAUGCGAGAAUCGAUCUCUGUCGGCUUGUCCACCUAAUCGACGACUCGUUCAAUCGCAAACUCGAUGUGGAACAUUAUCUCACCCGCGUUAACGGCCGUAUUGCUGGUCUAGUAAUAGCCGGCGAGUAUGAAGGAGGUGCCCUCUUCACGUGGGAGACUCCUCCUGGGGCAUCACCCUCCAAUGUGUCGCGUCAGGUUCCAUAUUUGGAUAAGUUUGCUGUUCUGAAGCGCAGCCAAGGCGCCGGUGGUGUGGCGGAUAUCGUCUUCAAUGCAAUGGUGCGUGGUUGCUUUCCUAAUGGCGUUUGUUGGCGAAGCAGGAGAGACAACCCAGUCAACAAGUGGUACUUCGAGCGGGCAAGGGGAACAUGGAAAAUUCCUGACACGAAUUGGACAAUGUUUUGGACAACUGAGGGAGUGGAGGCUGGGGUUGGAGAAAGAUUCAGGGACUAUGAGGCUGUUUGUCGAAGCGUGGAACCCAGUUGGGCGGAUCAGACCAAGGCGGCUGAUUGA